CUGAGCUCGGAGAGACGGCGUGAGUGAAGCUCGGUACUGCUCGGGCAUCUUCUUGUGCCUGCUCCUGGGGGCUGCUGCUCGCUGUCUGCUGGUUGUGGUUGAAAGCUUUGUAUACAGGCGUAAUGAGUCAGACAGAGAAGAUUGAAGAGCCCGUCCCUUCGUACCUGUGUGAGGAGCCGCCAGAGGGUACCGUUAAGGACCACCCUCAACAGCAGCCCGGCAUGAUCUCUCGUGUAACAGGAGGCAUCUUCAGCAUGACCAAAGGGGCUGUCGGUGCCACGAUCGGAGGAGUCGCUUGGAUUGGAGGAAAGAGCUUCGAAGUGACCAAAACAGCAGUGACGUCGGUGCCAAGUAUAGGUGUCGGCAUUGUCAAAGGCAGCGUGUCUGCCGUAACCGGGAGUGUCGCGGCUGUGGGUUCUGCCGUCUCCAGUAAAGUGUCAGGAAAAAAGAAAGACAAGUCUGACUGAGCAAAGAACUCCUUAUUGAGAGAACUAUCAUAGGCUGGACUGACUGGGCAUCCGCGCACAAAUGAGUAUCCGCCGCAACAUCGAAGACAUUUUUUACUAUUUCUUUUUUUUUUUUUUUUCUCAUUUUUGGUUUUUGGGUCAGGGUGCGGCGGUGCUUGUGAACUAGCUGAUGGUGUCACAGCAGGCAGACUGUGAAGGCUCAUUGAAACUGCAAUGCAAAUGUUAUAUUUUAUGACUCCUAAACCAAAUCCAUUUACAGUCAUGUCUGUUGUGAAUGUUCAGCCGUCUCGACCCGCCUGGAUAUGCUUUAACCGUUUCCUUUCCUAAAGAGAAAGAGAGAAACACACUACUUUAGUUCAACAAUUGGGAUGACUCUAGCGUAGAGCAGAAUAGAACACUGGCUGCUUUCUAGAUUAUCACCGGAGAGACACAGGAAAAACUCCAAUCAAUGCAAUGAAUUCUAUGGGGGGAGGAAGGACUCUGAGCUGCAUUUUUACAAGUGUUUCAUUUGUAUUUUUUACUUGUCCAGGAUUUCAACCCUUUAGUCCUCCACCUCCACCUUGAGACAAAAAAAAAAAUGUUCAUAUUUAUGUUUACUAUACAAUAAAAAUUAUGCUUGGUUUUUGCAAUGGUUAUGGACAUUGUCUAUCAUUGUGGGAUUCCAUUUAUUUUCUUUCUUUAUUUAUGUUAGUUUGCUCUUUAUUUCUGUGAUCUAAGGCGUUAAACUCCAUUGUGGCUAACUCCCAACUCCCUGCCGAUUGAAGCUGGGAAUUGUAGUUUAACAUAGACGUCUAUUAUGUUUGUUAGUCUAUAUUAUAUCCAUUAAGUCGUUCUUCUGCACAUAUUAGUGCCUUGUAGAUUAGGAGGUUCCUAAAACUAAACUUCCUCAUGUAUACCUUGUGUUGUUCUUUGAUAAUAUGUAUACCGCUUUAAAGGGCAAGUAAAACCCAGAAUGAGAAUAGCCUGGAUUUAUCCAUGUACGUCUGCAACUGACAAGCAGAUGUUUUUUUUUAUUGGCUGAUUCACAUUGCCUCUUUUAUUCAAAAUAUGCUCUGUCAUUCAGGCUACUGGCUGGUUGCUUAGGCAAGUAUGCCCCUAACAACCAGAUAAGAGAUCCAGGUCAAGUGUACAGUAGAGUUUUGGCCAAUUUCCCCAACUGAUAUCUUAAAGUCUGAGAGGACAUUAUUUUUAAUCCCCUAUACAUUGGCCAAUGGUUACAAUGUCCCUCUGCGUAUAGGUCUGUCUUAGAUUGUACAACAUACCAAGGAAAAUCCAAUUACAACUUAAAAUAGUAACAGAAAAAUAGUAAUAGAAAAAUAGUAACUUUCCCCAUAUACAUUAAUUACAAAUAAUCAAUGGUUUUAAAAAGGUUUGUCACUGUAAGCUGCAGUCACUGCUGUUUCUGACUAUUGAAACCCUGUAGCCGAAGUCAGCUCUUCUCCAGCUAAGACUCCAGUUCCCACUAUGCUUUGUAGGCUGUUUUACUGAUUUAUCUGCUCCAUUUUUCCAGUAGCCAGAACCAAAAACAAGAAAUGAUCAGCCUUUAAACACAACUGUUUUUAUUCUGGGACUUAUAUACCCUUUAAUAUUUCCACUGCCAUCUGUAUACAAGAGAUUUUUUAUUUCCCCUUUAACAGUCUUGUUUUGUUAUGAGACUAUAACCCCCUGACUUUGUAAGCAUGUGGUACCCUAUUUCUUUAUCAAUAUAUCAGUUUGUGUGUGUGUCUCGUAGUUGAUAAGCAGAUCCUCAAUGUGCAGAGUACAGUUCUAGCCCCCCAAUAUAUAUAUAAAAGCCUUUCAGAUAUGUGCACAUAUAGUCGACCACUAGAACUGUGAAUUGUGGUGUGAUAUUUUUUGUGCCUGAAUAGAUAUAAUAAAAUAUCUUUUCUCCUGUAAA